UUCUGCCAUGGGCUUGAAAACGGGGAAGCGGUCGGGACCUUCUUCACAGAAGCCGUCCAAGCGAAGAAAACUGGCGGAUCAUGGUGAUAAGUCGAAAUCCGCAAAACAGAGUGUGAAGAUGAAGGGGAAAGAAAAAGCUGCAGACCGUCUUGUCAUUCCCAUCCCCGAGGGGGAUGAAGACUCAAGUAUAUCCGACCAGGAUGCGGAUCUGCUGAAUGGCUAUGGCCGUUCUGUUGCAUUUUUAAGUCGUCUUCACCAGGCUGAAAUCUCUCGAAGUAAAAAGGAAACCAUACGGUUGCACCAGAUGAAUAAACCCCGACGACCGAGGAAGGAUAACGAUGACCUACCCGCCGUCAACUCUGAUGCUGAAGACGACGGCUCUUGGACCUCUGGUAUUGACGAUAACUUUGACUCUGAAAACGUGGGCGAUGACUCCGAUGUACACCAUUUGUCAGCCCCAGAUUCAGACGCAGAGAUGUCAUACGAAACGGCCCCUCGUAUCUCCCAAGUCUUCCAACAGUCAGAACAAAAGAGCAUUCAGCGUUUACCGAUCAAGCUCACCGAUGGUAGAGUGCAGGAACUUGGCAGAAAGUUAACUAUUGUUGAUAGUGAGGACUCGGAGGAUAACGUUCAGGAAGAAGAGGAAUCCCUCCCUGUGGCCCAGUCGUCUCGAAGAGUCGAUGAUGUUUCAACUGGUGCACGGUUUGGCCGUGCCGCCAUUAUUGAUGUUAUCACCAGGACGUCCAGAAAGGCGCGAAUACAAGAAGCAAAAAACCAAAUAGCUCAUAUAUGCCAGGACAUCAUUUCGGAUCCUGAGUCCAGCCUAGGUCUCCUGAGACGACUGCACGUCUUUUCUUUGGAGCAGGUUUCCAGUCCUACCCAUCCUGAUCCCGUUCCCAAUGAUCCGUUAAUUCGCAAACUUGCAAUGUUAUCCCAGCUCGCCGUCUUUGUUGACAUUAUUCCUGGAUAUCACGUACGUUCCCUUACCGACAAGGAAAAGGCCGAGAAUGUUAGCCAACUGGUUGCCAAGACUCGGGACUGGGAGCAAGGUCUGGUUGGUGUGUAUCAAUCAUAUCUUCGAGUGCUAGAGGCGGAAUCAAAAGCACGCGGUGAACUCGCCGAGGUCGCACUUCAAUGCAUGUGUACUUUGUUGACCUCAGCGACUCAUUUCAAUUUCAGGAUUAAUCUCAUGGGAUGUAUCGUAGGACGACUGAGUAAGAAGUCUUGGGAUAAUUGCUCUGAUCUAUGCCUUGACUCAAUCAUCAAGGUUUUCUGUGCGGACCUGACUGGAGAACCAUCAUUGGAAUUGGUUCGGUUGAUAAACCGCAUGGUGAAAGAGAAACACUACAACGUCAACCCGAAAGUCCUCUCAUGUCUACUCUUCCUUCGCCUGAAGACUGAGCUUGGUGUGCGGGCAUCAAACUCAAAAGUUGACAAAAAUAUGCCUACGAGGGGGAAAGCGAAGCACUCAGGCCCUGGGAAAAGGAAACCGAGUGAUGCCCCGCACCUUAGCAAAAAAGUGAAAAAAAUCAUGAAGGAAAGGAAAGAAAUCGAACGAGAAUUCCGUGAAGCAGCAGCGGAAGUUGACAUCGAGGAACGAUCUAACACUCAAACUGAGACCCUGAAACUCCUUUUCGUUCUCUAUUUCAGCAUUCUGAAGUUCCCCACGCCGACUCCACUCCUUCCAGCGGCGUUGGAGGGUGUUUCAAAAUACUCCCACCUCGUCAAUGUCGACUUCUUCAAGGACCUCUUGCGAGUUUUGAAAGGUCUUAUUGAACGGGAUACCACGCCAGCAGAUGAGGAAGGCGCAGACGAAAUUUUCAUUCAUCAUCGUUUACUCUGCAUCAUUACUGCCUUUGACCUUCUGUCAGGUCAAGGAGAAGCUUUGAACAUUGAUCUAGGCGAUUUUAUCACGCACCUAUACGCCUUACUCCAGCCGCUUAGCCUGAUGCCUAAUAUCGACUCUACACCUCCGGGGAGUCCAGGUCGAACGGAAAAAUCUUUAGCUGACAAGUUAUUCCGAGCUCUCAACGUCAUAUUCUCCCCACGAACGAUAGGUACUAUGGCUCCAUCCUGGCGUUCGGCGGCAUUUGCAAAGCGUCUGCUUGGCGCUGCCUUUCAUUGGCCUCCUGCUGUCACCCUUCGCACGCUAAGCAUCGUCGGCGGAUUACUUCUGAAAGACGAGAAAUUGCAAUCAUUGCUUUUCACUGAGGAGCGCAGUCUUGACGGUGUUUAUCGUCCUGAUAUUGACGAUCCACAAUUGUGCAAUCCGUUCGGCACGACUUUUUGGGAAUUGUACGCGUUACGGGAUAAUUACUGUGAUGCAAGCGUUCGAGCAGAAGCGCAGAAGCUCCUAGCACACGCAUGCGGUCAAUGAUGUACAUAAUAAUCAUUUCCAUCCAAUGCGUUCUUCGAUGGAGCAAAUGGACUUCCUCACCGUGCUUCUUAUUAAACUACCCUAAGGUAUUCUAUUAGUGUGGUAGUUCCACUGGGGUAAAUUAUGAGUUGCCAGGCGGCCGUUAGUUCAAAAAUAGAAAAGUAAGCUAGUUUUAUUAGAGAAAACUAAUGCUAAGUACGACGAGAAAAUGAUAUAAUACAACACAACCUUU